ACUCUCUCCAUUUCCAUUUCUCUCCCCAUCUUUUUAGAUCCAAAUCUCCCACAUGGGUUUUCCGGCCAACGGCGCCACCGCCGAUCAACACCUCAAGUUCUUGAUCUACGGCAAGACCGGCUGGAUUGGCGGCCUCCUCGGCAAGAUAUGCCAAUCCCAGAGCAUUAGCUACGAGUACGGCUCCGGCCGCCUCGAGAACCGCUCCUCCCUCGAAGCCGACCUCGCCGCCGUCAAGCCCACCCACGUCUUCAACGCCGCCGGCGUCACCGGCCGCCCCAACGUCGACUGGUGCGAGUCCCACAAGGUGGAGACCAUCCGCGCCAACGUUGUGGGGACGUUGACACUCGCCGACGUCUGCCGUGAACGCGGCCUUGUGCUCAUUAACUACGCCACAGGGUGCAUUUUCGAGUACGACCAGGCUCACCCUGAAGGCUCCGGCAUCGGCUUCAAGGAGGAGGACACCCCCAACUUCAUCGGAUCUUUCUAUUCCAAGACCAAGGCCAUGGUGGAAGAUCUGCUCAAGAAUUACGAGAAUGUGUGUACUCUACGCGUUAGAAUGCCCAUUUCAUCCGACUUGCAGAACCCGCGAAACUUCAUCACCAAGAUUGCGCGAUAUGAUAAGGUGGUCAACAUUCCAAACUCCAUGACAAUCUUGGACGAGCUACUCCCCAUUUCGGUGGAGAUGGCAAAGAGGAAUCUCACCGGAAUCUGGAACUUCACCAACCCCGGAGUGGUCAGCCACAAUGAGAUCUUGGAGAUGUACAAGCAAUACAUUGACCCCAGCUACACCUGGAAGAACUUCAAUCUUGAGGAGCAGGCAAAGGUGAUUGUUGCUCCGAGGAGCAACAAUGAACUCGAUGCUUCAAAAUUGAAGAAAGAGUUCCCUGAGCUCUUGUCCAUCAAGGAGUCUCUCAUCAAGAAUGUGUUCAAGCCAAACCAAAAGACUGCUGCUUAGGUUUGAAAGUUUUGGUUUCUUUGUUGCUAUUCAUUGGAUUGAGGGUCCAUAUGUGUGGGCAAAUGCCAUCUCUCCACUAUACAUCCCCCUUCCCCCAGCUUGCAUGCAGAUGGCAUGCAUCUCUGCCUUGUUUGUAUUUGAAUGUUGUAUUCGAGAUAUGUAACUGAAAAAGAACAAAAAUUUGUUGAUCUUUGAAAUAACUUGAUCAGUUAAUAAAGUAGUUUGAAGUUUAUCAA